GGAGGGUGGAUCCAGGACAUCUCCACCUGCUUAUAAGCUGGGGAAGGUCUGGAUUCUGAACAUGAGCCUCGGAGAGCUGUGGCUGAGAAGUUCAGAACCAGGCAUCUGCGAACUCCAGGAGCCAUGGGGAGGCAGAAGGAAGUGCUGUCAGUCAUUGGAUCGAGGCUGCGAAUCAGAAAUAAGUUGCUCCGGCAGGCCCUGGCCGAAUGCCUGGGCACCCUGAUCUUGGUGAUGUUCGGCUGUGGUUCGGUGGCCCAACUCGUGCUCAGCAGAGGGACUCACGCCCGCUUCCUGACAGUCAACUUGGCCUUCGGGUUUGCCGUGACGCUUGGAAUUCUGAUUGCUGGACAAAUCUCAGGUAUGGCGCCCUGAUGGAUCUCACAGACACCUGUGUUAAAACUAUUCUGUUACACUAUUACUAUAUGUUAAUAUUCCUUUUUGAAUUCUGGGUGGUUCAAUUCUCUAUUUUGAUCCCUUUUUCCAGAUGCCAUCUGGGCAUUCGGUGAAAACCAGCUCUUCGUUGUGGGCCCCAACGGGACAGCGGGCAUCUUUGCCACCUAUCCUUCAGAACACUUGAACUCCGUCAAUGGAUUUUUUGACCAGUUCAUUGGCACUGCGGCGUUGAUCGUUUGCGUCCUGGCCAUUGUGGACCCGUACAACAACCCUGUGCCUAGAGGUCUGGAGGCCUUCACAGUUGGCUUCGUCAUCCUGGUCAUUGGGACCUCCAUGGGCUUCAACUCCGGUUAUGCCGUCAACCCGGCCCGAGACUUUGGCCCCCGUCUCUUCACCGCCAUUGCUGGCUGGGGUACCGAAGUUUUCACGACUUCUGGACACUGGUGGUGGAUCCCUAUAGUUGCUCCCUUCCUGGGUGCCAUCGCAGGUGUUUUGGUCUACCAGCUGAUGAUAGGUUGCCAUGAUGAGCCCCCUCCCGAAUCCAAUGAUGAGGAGAGCGUCAAGCUGUCCAAUGUGAAGCAGAGGGACAACAUCUGAAGUUACGCACUUGCUCCCUGGACAAUUUUUUUUAAAAAAAAAAGAUAAAAAAUUUAAAAAAAAACUGAAAAGAACCAAAGAAGAAAGUCAAAUGUUCACCCAAUAGAAUUUUGGAGUCUUCUUCAUGCUUACUUCUUCGUCUACCCUUGAUGUGUGUUUUUUGUUGUUGUUAAGGCAGCUUUCUCCCAUCAGGUUACCUUCAGGUGUUUUGGAACUAGAAUUCCCAGGUUCCUCUUUCAACAUGCUAGCUGGGAAGGAUGGGGAUUGGAGGCCCAUCCAAUCUGGAGGUCACCAGGUGGAGGGAGCUUCAGGGGAAAGUCCAUGUCUACCUUUGUUAAGGCAGCUUUCUCCCACUCCAGUUCUUUCUGGAACUAGAAUUCCCAGGUUCCUUUUUGAUCAUGUUGGCUGGGGAAAAAUGGGAACUGCAGAUCUGGAGGUUACCAGGUGAAGGGAGUUUGCCUGUGAAUGUUGAUGUUCUCUAUUAAGGUAGCUUUCUCCCAUCAAGUUCCCUUCAGAUGUUUCAGAACUAGAAUUUUCCAGGUUUCUCUUGGAGUUGACCAUGUUGGCUGGGAAGAAUGAGAAUUGCAAUCCCGGCAGACCUGAAGAUCACCGGGUGGAGGAAACUGCCUGUGAAUAUGCAUAUAUCUUGUUGGGGGAUUAUGAUCUAUCUUGGCUUGUUUUGAAGGACCCACCUGACCAAUAGUUCUGCUUCCAGGUGGGAUAUUUUGGCUACUUGGGGGCUCCUCUUUUACUACGUCAUUCCUAACAAGUUUGCUCUUUUGGUGCUCUCUGUCGCUUCUGCUGCUUUUGGCACGAGAUGGGUUUGGAGGGUAUGGGUUCAUCUUUGUAAAUACAUUUUGGGCUGCGGUUUGAGAGAAGGAUGGGGGGGAAAAGCUAUUACAGCUGCUGUGAACAGCUAGAUAGUCUCAAUCCACUCAUUGAUAAGGGCUGGAUUUUCUGCAAGACAUUUUGGGUGAAAGUCAACGAUACAGAAUAAGACAGUUGGAAGAGACCUUGGGUUGGGUUGGGUUGGAUCAUUACCGUAUGUCUUUCUAGACAACUAGAAAUUUGUCUUGAUUAUUCUAGACAAAUGACCUUCAUCCCAAUUGUUUAGUCUUUUGCUCUCUGAGAAACCGUGUACAUUUAAUUCUUGCUUCAGCUUCUUUUUGUUCAUUGUUUUAAACGUGCAUUUAGGAAAAGAUCUUCACAUAAUUACUGCUACCCUGUGUCGUUCACACCCAAGGGAUUGAAGUCAUAAGCAGACUAUGGUGGGGCAAGAUUGAGUGUUGAAUUUGGGCCCAGGAUAUUUUUAAUGCCCAAUGGAUAGCGCAAUCAGAGCUGGGAAGAAAACCACGCACAGAUUAGUAACAUCAUGCAAUACCUCCAGUUAUUUGAGAGCCAGUUUAUUCUAGUGGUUAAGGCAACAGGCUAGAAACCAGGAGGUGGUGAAUUCUAGUUCUGCCUUAGCUAUGAAAGCCAGCUGGGUGACUCUGGGCCAAUCACCAGGGGGCUGUGAGUUCUAGUUUCUACUUUAGGCCCAAAAGCUGGUUGAAUGACCUUGGGCCAGUCAUUCACAGGUUGGUUGUUGUGGGGAAAAGAGGAGGAGGAGGAGGAGAUAUAUUCGCUAACUGGAAUUAUUUGUUAAUAUAAUACAGGCAGAAUACAAAUGAAAUCAAUAAAAAUUUAUCUGGAUCCAUCCUUUCAAAAAAAGGCACUUCCACUGAAGCCAUGUAAGACACACACACAGACACACGGAGAAAACUUUAUAUUGCCAGUGGGAUACAAGCUUCCUUAAAUUAUGGAUUUCCCAAACAAUCUGUAAAGUUUAACAUCUGUACUGUAUUUCCAGGUAUUUGUUUGUUU